AGAUGUUACAAAUAUGUCUGGGUUUGUAGUUAUACAUGCAAGCAUUGAUGGAGUUCAGGACAGUUCCAACGAGGGAACAGUAUCUACAAUUGUUUCUCUUGGGUAAAUUUACAAAUGGAAUUGUUUAUUCUUUUCAGAAUCUAAAGAUACAAUAUUGCCAGAGCUAUUAUACAAUGGGUACAUUUGAGAACACGCCAGAGGAUGCCUGUUUCAUCUGCUGUAAGAGUCUUGAAGUGGUGGGUGCAGCUUCAUACACCAACCAUCAUGUACUCGAGUUUACCAAGAUGACAAUGGUUAAUUUCCUCAGAAAAGCUUUAAGCAGUUGCUUACAAAAAUACCAAAAUGGCCAGUGGUAUCUAAAACUGUGUUUGGAAUGUGACAAUGUCAUCAAAGAUUUGGAUCAUUUGCUGCACCAGUACACCGAAAUUCAAGCACAGCUGCGAAUUGUCUAUACUGAAGCUCAUUCUCAUUUAUAUACUGAGAGGAACUCAGAGUGCUUAGAAGAUACAGCAGAAUCGGAGAAAUCAAGUCAUGGUAAAUAUCAUGAUGCAGAAUCAAAAUUCCUGCAGAAAUUAUCAGAUAGGUGCAGUUCAAAAAGGACGAUAAAGUGUAACCCUCGUUAUGCUGAUGUGCCUCAGUCUAAUGGGUGCUAUAGUAAUCAUAAUGUAUGUUCCCUCUGUAAUCAAGAGCACCUAACUAAAGGGGCUUUAGAAGCACAUAUGGAAGGAGUCCAUAGUCAGAAGAAACCCAAAAGGAGCCGUGGUCGUCCUCGAAAGCAUGAUAAGAAGCAAAAUGAAUGUGGAACUGGUGAUGCAUUAAUUUUAAACAAAAAGGAACAUGAUAAAUUGGAAGGAGCCCAGGGCUGCUCAGGUGUUAGUGUCACACGAUGUUUAGAUACUGAAUCAUCUUCCUUAGAGUGUGUUAGCCAAGAUAUGUUAGUGGGAGGUGUUGAUAUUGACAAAAGUAAAUCGGUAACGACAAGGCAAAAGGUGUCCUUAAUUAUCAUGGAUAACAAGAAUGAAGAGAGUGAUUCAGGUGCUGGAGCAGUUCUCGAUAAUAAUACAGAAGACAAACCUUCAGACUGUACUAACAUUGAUAAGACAAAUACUUUAGUAAAGAAUACAUAUUCACAUUUUAAAGGAAAAAUGAAACAUACAAAGUCCAGUGAAAAAAAGUACAUGCGUCAAGAGAAAUGUCCAAAGUGUGGGAAAGUCGUCAUUGGACGGAUGAAACUAAGACGACAUUUGCUGGUGCACUCAGCAUCUCGGGAGCAAAAGAUGUGUGAGGUGUGUGGACGCCUGCUUCAAAAUGCCACGGCAUACAAAGUGCACCUGCAGCGACUUCACGCUCAAGUCUCAAAAUCCCCGACUCCAGACAAGAAACAGAAGAGUUGUCACAUAUGUGGGAAAAUGUACCGUGGAGCUUCAGGACUUUCAUAUCACCUGGCAGCCAAGCACAAUGAAGGUCCUCGCUAUCCGUGUGACAAGUGCACAAGAGUAUUUCCCCAUGCUCGUAACUUUUCCUCUCACAAGGCUCAGGCACAUGGAAGCUACUCUAUGAUUUGUGAGUUUUGUGGUGAAACAUUUAAACUACAAACUCAGCUGAAUUCUCAUGUAAACUCGGUGCAUCGAGGAAUCACAUCCUGGAUGUGCAGUCUUUGCCCAACCAAAUUUUCCUCUCAUAUUGCCUACAAGGUACAUGUUAAUAAACACAAGAGAUUAACAUAUAAAUGUGAUGAUUGUGGUAAGCAAUAUUCAGCACGGGAAGCGCUGAAGAAGCAUAGACGUACAAAGCAUGAAUGUUACCCAUCAUCCAUGUCUUACGACAACACGGUUGUGACGCCAUCAAUCAUAUCUGGUAAUACUUCAUUAUUUGUUGAAGGCAGACAUAGUGCACCAGGACUUUCUGAAGAGAAUGCUAAACUUUCUGUGGAGAAAGUAGAAGCAAAGUGUGUGUCUUCAUCAGGGAGGUUGCUGGUAAAACCUGAGAAUGUAGACAAGAGCAUCCACACUGAAGCUGCUCUAGAACCAGGUCAACUGCAUGCUAGUCAUAAGGCCAUGGACAGCGGAUCUCUCUUAAUGUCCACUGCCAACUUAAGAAUUACUGAGAAAGAAAUUAGGUCUGACAUUCCUAACUGUGAUUCACCUGAUAAAGUAAUGAAUACUAAUCCUGUUAGUAUGUCAGUAAUGGCAGGAGAUUGUGACAGUAACUAUGAGAGAGUAGUGACCAAUAAUUUAUCUUUGAUAAUAUCUGACAAAGAAAGACAAAUGGAGGAAAGAAUUACAAGCCAAGAAGGGGUUGCCAAGACAUGUGAAGCUAUAUUUCCAUGUGCUGAACAAAAAGCCAUCACAAGAGGUCAUGUGGAAGAAGUGGUCAUUGUAGAAACUGAUGCUAAUGUUAAUUAUGACUAUAUUGUGUACCAUGUAUCUAAUUAAUUUGUUGUUAAACCUGUGAUUUUCUGUAGUAAUUUAUCUAUUUUUGACCUUGCACUGAUAAUUCAUAAAUAAUAAAUUCAUACAAACAAA